UUGUGUUGUUCUUACACCACGUUGGGAGGUGUUGGCAGGGAGUUCGCCAAUUUUCCUCUGUCUUGUGGUCAGCAAUGCUGGUUAAUGCAUGCUUGUUUUUACAGGAUCGAUUUCACAAAUAGACAAUAAAAUCCUACAUAUCCACAAAUUGGGAAUUCGUUUUCUGAUAAUAACACGUCAAGUCUUUUCUCUCCACCAAUAUGCCGUGGUCGUUUUACAGCUUACCAUAAUUUCAAAUGGCGAUUUCUUUGUUGGAAUGUGAUAUGAAAAUAUUAGUAAGUCAUUUAGAGAAAUUUCUUUGUAUUUCGGUGUUCAGUUUUUAGAGAUGGCCAUGAUACAGAAUGAUACAGAAUUACAUAGAAAUAUUUCUUUUAAAUGCUUAACUUCAAGGAAGAGAUGCUACGUAAAUUAUGCAGUUGAAGUGAGAUUUCUAAGAAAGGGAUAAAUCUUAAAACGUUAAUGUAGGGUACAAAGCUUUAGAUGGAGAUAAUGAUUAUUAAUUUCUUGGUGAUUAAUGGUUUAAAAAAAGGGAAACUUAGACAAUAAAUAGAAUAAAUAGAAACAAACCACCAGAAAACAAACCCUAAGAAUACGGAACAUACAAUUAAGGAGGCUUCAUUCGAGUUAAAUACUGUAUCCGAUUAUUGUAUCAACGCAUCAAAACUGCACAGCCCUAAGCCCUAAGCCAAAACCCCCAGCUAGCUCAUUAUAUUCUUGGUAACGAUAAAAGGAGACAUCCUAGCUAAGAACAAUAAACAUUUGAUUACUCUUAAAUAGCGUAACGCCCAUUCGUGUAAUACAUAUAAAUGCUGUGUGCCUUCCAAGAAAAGUUUUGACAAGACUUAACGUAAAGUCAUUACUUUCUCAGCAAAGAAAUAGAAGAUAUAAAUCGAGAAGCACGUAUACCACCCAAUUAACGGCAGACAAGAUGGAAAACCUGUUUUGCAGUAAUAGUGGGGAACAUUAGCGAACUGCUCCUUGAACUCGCUACAUCCCUAGUGAUUGUAGAUAAAGCUAUUAUAGCAGUUCCUUAUUGGACACUUCUAAUUGGUCAAUUCCAUGGCUAUGCGUAGUUAGCCCUCAAGGAUAGCUUUCGGCAUCAAUAGGCGCCCGGUGUAUACCUUUUAACGCGUCGUUGAUGUUACAACGUGUAUGGGUGUCAUUACAACCGACGUCAAGCAAAUUGUAUUCUACAAUGCGUGGUCUUUUCGCCAGUGAACUUGUACUUGGAUACCAACAUAAAAACUGCUAAGUAUCGAGGUAUUCGUCAGUUCGAAUGAUAUCGAGAUGAUACGGCCACUAAAUGCGCUAUUAACGACAAGAUAGGCCCAGCUGAGAGGAGACCUUCUGAGACCUUUAGCCCAUAGAGAUUAAGUUUUGAUAAGUCUUGGAGUGGGAAGUCUCCCCUAAAGACGCUAAACUGAAGGCUGACACAAAACGCAAGUAGAUUUGAAGAGCGAGAUUGGUCAGAGAAGCAAAGACGCCUCCAUUCAUCGCGUAAGGGGUGAGGACCAACACCAUGGCUCCUAUGAACACCAGCAACGCCACAGACGUCAUAAAACCUGCUCUAGUGUACCGUAGAUACAUCGGUGCUUUGUCAUUCUUUUUUCUGGUUCUAAUCUUUAUUAUGUCAAUGUUUGGAAACAUUUUAGUCAUGCUGGCGUUCCGUGCCGUGCGCAAAUUACGAACAGUGACGAACUUCUUUGUGGUGUCUUUAGCUGCGGCGGACAUUUUGAUCGCAUCGUUCUCUAUGCCUAUCUGGGGUGCCUACUUGCUGACUGGUCCGGACUGGGUAUUUAGUUUGAACUUAAUGAAGAUGUGGACCUGCAUGGAUAUCAUGUGUGGUGUAGCAUCUAUUAUAAACUUGUCAGCAAUCUCCAUAGAGCGCUAUUUGUGUAUAACUUUCCCUUUAAGCUACCACACAACAAUGACUCCAAAAAAGGCCACUGUCAUUAUCUUUGGAAUUUGGCUGUUCGCCUUCGGUAUGGCUUUGCUCAAGUAUAUUCUCUGGUUUUGGCCGUCACCUAACUACGAGUUGAUAAUCGUCAUAAGCUGCUUUCUUAUUCCGCUAUUUACGAUGUGUCUGAGUUACAAGAUGAUCUUUCAGACCGCGCGUUAUCAAGCAAGGCAAAUCGCACUUAUGGUAAACGGAGGGGUUCGGAACUUUCUCUUGGCUUCUGAGAUUCGCGCGGCAAAGACCUUAGCGGUUGUUAUGGGUGCUUUUGUCGUGAGCUGGGGUCCGUUCUUCAUACUAAAUCUAGUGUAUGGAUUUUGUCCCGAGUGCAUCGGGUUGGAAGCUAUUGUUGUGACCAAGUGGAUGCAUUACUGUAACUCGGUGUGUAACCCAAUAGUCUACGCAUGUAUGAAUAAGGAUUUCCGAGCGACUUUCGUGAGCAUAUUGCUAAGUGGUAAAGCGUGUAUAAUGAAGAUUAGACACCAUGGAAGUAACAAUGGUCAGACGGAUCAGACUGAUCUCAGCUUAAACAUGUCACAGCAGUCAUUCUAGCAGAUGAGAGAAAAGCAGAAAAGUUAGAAAACCAGAGAUAGAAAGACAGCAACAGGACAACCUUACAGUUCGGCUCACAAGUCAUUCUACUCGCCAUUGUGGUGAACACAAGGUGUUUAUUAUAUUAGUGUUGGCGCACGCGCACUGAAGAAGGGUGAAGGGAGUGGAAAUGACACUGCUUGCUAGGCCUAGAGGACAGCGACAAGAAAUAUAUGCAAGUGGGAAAAUUCAACAACAAUAGACCCGUUUAAUCGUUUGAGUAGAGCUAUGCUAUUAGACAAGGUUGUCACUGGAAGAGCAUGAAAAUAAUAGUGUACCAAUGCUGUUAGACAUUUUCUUGGUAAUAAACAAAUAAGGCCUAAGUUAAACGCCUCUCUUUUCAUGUGCCGUUUCAAAUAGAUGGUGUUACGUACAUGAAAAGAACGGCGUCUAAAUCAAAUUAGAUCAGUCUUGCGUUCUGCACGCCAUACCAGCCCGUGCCGAACGCCUGUGGACCAGGUUGAAUUUAGACGCCGUUCUUUUUAUGUGCCGUUUCAAUUGUAUAACGUAGUUUAAUGACAUUUAAAUGCUGGUUAAGCUGCCCACACAUGAAAAGAACGGUCAAUGAACGACGUAUAAAACAAAUGCCGUACUUUUCAUGCGUCUAGUUUAUUUAAAUGAGAUGGAUAUUUCGUUAUUAAAGCUUCGCGGCUAUUUUUUUUUUAAUGACGGUGUUGCGCGCGACCUAAAAAUGACGAGGACAUGUGCUGUAGUUCGUGUUUUACCAACAUAAAAUUUGAAUUCACUGUCGCUCUGCGAUAAGAAAACAAGAAAAAAAAUUAAAAUAAAAACCGAAUAGAUGC